CUGUCUUCUAUCAUUUUCCCCAUUUAUUCAGUUAAGAUUUCUAGGAGAGCUGAAAAAGAAAGUGACCAACAAGGCACACGUUGAGGCUUCAAUUUGUCAAGCGUAUCUUCAACAAGAAAUCUCAACGUUCUCGUCUUUUUACUUCGAGCGUGACGUCAUCACCAGAAGGAAGAGACCUGCCCGGAACGAUGACAUUGGCGAGGAUUUAUAUGAAAAUGUAGUUUCCAUCUUCAAUUACCCAGGCAGAGGUAAAGGUGCUGCGACACAACGAUACAUCGUGGGUGGGGAAUUGCAAAUUGCACAUACUUAUAUCCUCAUGAAUUGUCCAGAAAUCUCACCGUUUUAUCAGUAAGUUAAAUUUGUAGUUAUAAUUGUAAUACUUAUCAAUUAAAUUUGUAGUUAAUUUAUAAUUUUUUUAUUUUUGAAUUCACAGUGAAUUCAGAGCUUCUUUAUCAGCCUUUCCUGAGAAUCAAAUUGAUGCAUUGGUAGACUCUGAUUUUGUAAAUUGGUACAAGUAUCAGAUCAAUAGUCGUGGGAUUGUCGACCCUUUGUUAGUAUCAUUAGCGUGGGGCCCUAGUGCCAGUGCCAAAGUGUGGCGGCAAUAUGUGAUAAACGGUUACACAUAUCACACAGCCGAUUACGGAGAGGGCCGACCAACAACGAACAGCGGGUUAUGUGUCCCGACCAUCGGUUAUGAUAACUCCGAAACCAAUUUUUUUGGUGUCCUGCAGGAGAUUCUGGAACUUGAGAUGCCUUCUGGUGCGAAAAAAUUGACAUGCGUUCUGUUCCGUUGCACAUGGGUCGACCCCACACGUGGCGUGCGCAAAAAUCCGAAG